AACAAGAGAGAAAAACCCGCCCCGCAGGAAGAGGAACCCGCACUGCCGUACGAUCCCCCAAGAAAUCAGGAGCUUUCAGAAUUCCGAGCUUUCCUUGUCCAUUUCUGAUUCUCAAGGAAAGUCAACUCUACAAGAAAUCAUUGGAGUUCAUGAAUGACGGUAACAGUCAAAACGAGAUUUCUGAACCUUUUUGCAGCUCAUUUCGAUGGAAGAAAUCAAGUCUGAUUCCACUCCUCAGCACCGCCUUAUCUCGGUGGAGUCCGAUGCUGUGCUAUCAAAACCAGUAAAAUCGAAGCGUGUUGCGUCGCUUGAUAUCUUCCGAGGUCUCACCGUCGCGUUGAUGAUUUUGGUUGAUGAUGCGGGGGGAGACUGGCCUAUGAUCGGUCAUGCACCAUGGUAUGGCUGCAAUCUUGCAGAUUUUGUGAUGCCUUUCUUCUUGUUCAUUGUUGGGAUGGCCAUUGCACUCGCACUGAAGAGAAUACCAAACCAACUUAUGGCCAUCGAAAAGGUCACUCUUCGAACUUUAAAACUCCUAUUCUGGGGCCUUCUAUUACAAGGUGGCUAUUCCCAUGCGCCCGACAAACUGACUUAUGGUGUUGACAUGAGAAAGAUAAGGUUAUGUGGCAUUCUCCAGAGAAUUGCUCUAGCAUAUUUGGUUGUGGCACUUGUGGAAGUACUUUCAAGAAAAACACAAGCCAGUGGUCAACCAUUUAAUCACUUUUCAAUAUUCAAGUCAUACUUCUGGAAUUGGCUUGUUGGAGCUUGUAUUCUUAUUGUUUACUCUGCUCUCCUUUAUGGAACAUAUAUUCCUGAUUGGCAAUUUACUGUCACCGACAGCGAGAGUGUUCAUUAUGGAAGAAAUUUCACUGUAGCUUGUGGUGUAAGAGGAAGUCUGGAUCCUCCGUGUAAUGCCGUGGGAUAUAUCGACAGAAAAGUGCUGGGAAUCCGUCACAUGUAUGCACAUCCUGCUUGGAGAAGAUCUGAAGCCUGCACUGAGAAUUCUCCGUACGCAGGGCCUUUCCGAGAUAAUGCUCCGUCAUGGUGUUUUGCCCCGUUUGAACCUGAAGGAAUUUUAAGCUCGAUAUCUGCCAUUCUGUCCUCAAUUAUUGGAGUGCAUUUUGGGCAUGUUCUAAUUCAUUUUCAGGAUCACUCAGCUAGGCUGAAGCAAUGGGUUACUAUGGGCUUCACUCUUCUUAUUUUAGGACUUGUUCUUCAUUUCACUCAUGCGAUUCCAUUAAAUAAGCAGUUAUAUACGUUUAGCUAUGUCUGUGUGACAUCGGGAGCUGCAGCAUUGGUUUUCUCAGUCUUCUACGCUUUGGUUGAUAUCUGGGGUUUGAGGUACUUGUUUCUACCAUUGGAGUGGAUUGGGAUGAACGCGAUGCUCGUGUAUGUUAUGGCAGCUGCUGGCAUUUUUGCAGGUUUCAUCAAUGGAUGGUAUUAUGAAGACCCCCACAACACACUGAUCUAUUGGAUAAAGAAGCAUGUUUUCAUUGGAGUUUGGCAUUCAAAAAAAGUGGGCAUUCUCUUGUAUGUGAUCUUUGCAGAGAUCCUGUUUUGGGGCCUCGUCUCCGGGAUCUUGCAUCGGUUCGGCUUAUACUGGAAGCUGUAAGAUAGUUUUCUUAUGUUCUUGAUGCCAAAAGCAUUGUCUGUUCAUACAGAUUGUCCUCUCUGUGCUCGGGAUCGUCUCUGGUAUCUUGCAUCGGUUCGGCUUUUACUGGAUGCUGUAAUAUAGUUUUUUUUUGUUCUUGAUGCCAAAAGCUUUGUCUGUUCAUACACAUUGUCUUCUCUGUGUUGGGGCAUCGUUUCCGAUAUCUUGUGUCGGUUCGGCUUAUAGUAUUUUGAUUGUUCUUGGUGCCAAAGCUUUGUCUGUUGUGGUCUGAAAGGAAUGGUUGAACUGAUUUUCUGAUGUAUAUUUAGAAUGUUUCAGCUUCUCUAUCUUGUUCAUCAAGCAAGCAGAAUAGAUAUUGAUGGCUGAUUUUGAUA